AUGCUUACGAAUCUAUCAUGUCAAUUUGCAAUUCCAAAAGAAAUACGCAAGAUGGGCAAUGAAUGUAUGCAUAAAAUAUUUUUAAUGUUACAGAAAUAUUCAAAUUAUAAGUUAAGUCGAUGUCGAUUAUUAGGUGGCGUUGGAAAGAAAACUUCUAUUUCAUUAAAAUUUGAUUAUGAUUGUGUAAUUUACGUUAAUACGGUCAAUCCUCCCUUCAAAGAGCUGCUUGAUGAAUGGAAUGAUAUCCUUAUGCGUCACUUAGAAAACUUCAACGGUGUAACUGAAGUCACCAAUUAUAGUAUUCAGUUCGAAGUUGAUGGAUUUAAAUUUGAUAUUUUACCUGCACCAAAUUACAACGGUUCCAUCUAUAAGACUAAAUCACAAGCUGAUGUCAUUUGGGAAAAAAUUUCAACGGAACAAAUGGAUUCUAAAAUAGAAAAACUCUCUUACCUUUAUAGUUCAGGCCUCUCGGAACUAGCGUUAAAAUUUAUGAAGAAACAAUCUGGGUUUAUUCAUGAUUUAUGUCGUUUAGCUAAGUUUUGGAAUUGCACGAUAGUGUUUGACCGGUACGUAAGUGGUCGUUCGAGCAUUAUUGAAUAUUUAGCAGUGAAAGCGGGACAAGAAGAAGAAGCGGCAACCAGCAAAAAACGAUCUAUAUUGCAUGCAUUUUGUCGAUUUUUAUCCUAUUUGACCGAGUACAAACAGAUCAACAUUAUAUUCACUGACUUUUAUGAUGAAACUCGAAUCACGAAAUGCGAAAAACCCUAUCUAAUUGAUCCAACUAAUCCAUACAAUAACUUCUUGGAUGGUGUACCGGAUAAUUUUUUACCGACAUUAGCUGAAUAUUCCAAGGAAACAUUGAAUCGUCUAAAUAAAUGUGAAAAAAAUGGCUCAAUUGAAUAUGAAAAACUAUUUGAUCCGCAGCCGGAUCUACGAAGCUUAUUCAAUGGUAACAUUAACAUUACUUCUAUAAAUAUAAUGGUCAGGAACUAUCAAAACUGUACUGAAAAAAAAGCGAAACUAAUCAAACAACGUGAAAUAUUUGACCGGGCUGCAUCAGCAAGAAUGAAAGAACUCUUGACAUAUGCUUUAAAGUACUAUUCUAGUAUUUUCAAGAACUCGUCUGAAGAAGAAAUCGGUGAAAAGAUUAUGACGGUCACUCAAAAAUUCAUCAAUCGUUCAUUUUAUGGAGAAGAUCAAUCGAAAACGUUUGCAAAGACGCAUGAAGAAUGUGAUAUUACGUUUAUUUUACCUCUGCAUACAAAAAAACAAGACGCAAUAUAUAUUUCCAUGAUUCAACAAUCUACUCCUCGUCCAUAA